CGUCCCGAACGAAUCCGCCACGUCCGCAUCGGCGACCCGACAGCAACACGGCCCGCGGGGCAGAGUGCCUGUCUCCGCCACCACAACCCCGGCGAGGUCCCCCCCACCUCCUCCGUCCACACGGCCGCCACACCUCCCUCCGUCUUCUCCCUCCUCUCCUCGCGCGUCGCCAUUAUAAAUACCUCCUCCCGCCGCCGCCUCCCCUCCCAUCUCCAACGCCGAGCCACAUUCUGACUGACACCGACCACAAAGCCUAUUGCAUUCGCCGCACCCCGCACCCGCGCCAUUGCCGCGCGCGCACGAGCUCCCGAGGCCCUCAUCGCCGUCGUGGCGUUCGUCUCGCUCGCCGGAUCGAUCGCUCCGUCCCUGCGCACGCCGCACCUGCAUCAAUAAUUUGGCUUUCCUUCCCAGCCUUUGAAUCAUGCCUUCUCCGUAGGGCUGCGCGAUCGAAUUUUGUUGAUGGUCAUCUAGCUAAGAGAGGCGAUCGAUCAUCCCGCGGGAUCGGAGGAGGAGACGGAGCCGCGCGCCGUACGUAGCUCGUUGUAUAAUUCAGAAACGCGCGCCACGUUUCAGUUUCAGGUGCUGAAACCAAGAUGGUUAAUUUCGGUAAGAAAUUGAUGGCAGACCAGUUGGAGGAGUGGCGAGAAUAUUAUAUUAAUUAUAAGAUGAUGAAGAAAAAGGUGAAACAGUAUGUACAGCAGACCCAAACUGGUGGAAAAAAUCGUGACCAGGUUCUUAAGGAGUUCUCAAGGAUGCUUGAUGACCAGAUUGAAAAGGUUGUACUAUUUCUUCUGCAACAACAAGGUCAUCUUGCUAGGAGGAUCGAGAAAUUAGGAGUACAGCGUGCCAUGCUUAUGCAACAGUCUGAUGUAUCCCAAAUUUGUCAACUACGCCAGGCUUACAGGGAAGUUGGGUAUGAUCUUGUGAAGCUACUUAGGUUUCUUGAUAUGAAUGCUACUGGUAUCCGGAAGAUACUUAAGAAGUUCGAUAAGCGCUUUGGCUAUAAGUUCACAGAUUAUUACGUCUCUACUCGAGCAAACCAUCCUUAUUCUCAGCUUCAGCAGAUCUUCAAGCAAGUGGGAGUCGUCGCCGUUGUUGGUGCUUUGUCUCGCAACCUUGCUUAUCUACAAGAUCAUCAAGGAUACUUAGCAAAUAUCUAUGAUUACCCAUCACUCAUCUUGAAGGAUCCCGUCAUAGAACAAAUAAAUCAUUCAGUACAGAAACUCACACACUCCACAAGCUUUCUGCAAUUUUUAGGGCAACAUGCACUUAUCGUUCCGGAGGAUAUGCAGAGUGGCUCAGAUCUCGAUGAUGACAAGGAUUACCAUUUCCUGUCACUGCUGCUAAACUUAGUAAACACGUUUCUGUACAUGGUUAACACAUACAUCAUCGUUCCAACUGCUGAUGACUAUUCAGUGAGCCUCGGAGCUGCAGCGACUGUUUGCGGUGUGAUUAUCGGAUCAAUGGCAGUCGCCCAAAUCUUCUCCUCAGUAUAUUUCAGUGCCUGGUCGAACAAAUCGUACUUCAGACCCCUGGUAUUUAGCAGCAUUAUGCUAUUUCUGGGGAACCUGUUGUAUGCUUUGGCAUAUGAUCUUAAUUCCCUAACUGCUCUUAUUGUCGGUCGACUACUGUGCGGUUUGGGUUCGGCCAGAGCCGUGAACCGCCGCUACAUCAGCGACUGUGUACCCCUGAAAAGCAGGAUGCAGGCAUCUGCUGGGUUUGUCAGUGCUAGUGCUCUUGGAAUGGCAUGUGGUCCUGGUCUUGCCGGUCUGCUGCAGACAAAAUUUAAGAUCUAUGGGCUUACAUUCAAUCAGAACACCUUACCUGGGUGGGUCAUGUGUGUUGCUUGGCUUGCAUAUUUGUUCUGGUUGUGGAUUUCAUUCAAAGAGCCAGGCCAUAUUGCUUCAGAGAAUUCAGUCAACACGCAGUCAUCUGAUUCUGGCCGUCCAGUAAGCGGUAAUUUGGAGGAUGGCGUCAGAGAGCCUUUGCUCAUAGAUGCGAAGGCAGGACCGGAUGACGAUGUUGAGGACAAUGACGACAACGAUGACGACCCCGAGGAAUCUCAUAGACCCGCGACAUCGCUUGCUGCAGCAUACAGAUUGCUGACACCAUCUGUGAAGGUUCAGCUACUGAUCUACUUUAUGCUCAAGUUCGCCAUGGAAAUCCUACUCUCGGAGUCAAGUGUUGUGACCACGUUCUAUUUCAAGUGGACAACUAGUACCGUGGCAAUCUUUCUAGCAGUUCUUGGCCUGACGGUUCUUCCCGUUAAUGUCAUCGUCGGGAGCUAUGUCACCAACUUGUUCCAGGACAGGCAAAUUCUGGUGGCCUCCGAGAUCAUGGUGUUGAUCGGCAUUGUCAUGAGCUUCCGCUUCACCCCUCACUACUCCGUUCCCCAAUAUGUCACGUCAGCUCUCAUCACCUUCGUAUUCGCCGAGGUGCUCGAAGGAGUGAACCUGUCCCUCCUCUCUCGCGUGAUGUCGUCGAGGCUCUCCCGCGGGACCUACAACGGCGGGCUGCUCUCGACGGAGGCCGGAACGCUGGCCCGCGUCGCCGCCGACAUGACUAUCACGGCGGCGGGCAACCUGGGGCAGAGCCGCCUCCUGAACGCCACCCUCCUGCCGUCCCUGGUGAUCUGUUUAGCCUCUAUCGUCGCGACGUUCUGCACUUACAACUCACUCUACUGAUGACCGAUGAAACCAACCGCUCUAGCUCCUCUUAUACACGUUUGGCUGAGCUGUGGAGCGUCUUGCAGUGACGCUGUAAAAUUUUCCAGGCUGCCGCAGCUAAUGUAAGCUAAGCUGCGAGUGGUCCACCAUGUGUGCCGAAGCCUCUAAUGUUGCAAACUUGCUACGGCUGUAACAGAAACAUGUACGGGUUAAAUAAACUGCCCUACUGAUGAUCUAAUAUAACAACGAGAGUCUGACGCGGCAAGUUCGAAAUUGCCGUCAGGGUUUAAAUAAAGUUCAGACAUUCAUUUGU